CAUCAAAUUCAUAUACAGUAGUAGAUGGUAAGGAUAAAAGAUCCUUGAUAUAGUCGUUAAAAAUCUGCUUUUGAUUUUCCUCCCGGGAUAUUUCACCCGAUUCUACGCAGUAGGUAAAAUCAUUGUUUUUCUUUUAGUUUCUGUAUCUUGAUUCCUGUACAGGCUACAGAGAGUGGACUUGUUCCGUGUGUGACCAGUACUUCUGGACGAGCACUUUACCGGUUUACCCUCAUGUUCAGACUCCAGAUCGAGACUAUAUAUAUAUGUAAUCCAAGGGAGGGCAACUUCAGCUAAGCUAUCUCAAGAUUCUCAACCUAAGCUCAUAAUAGAUAUACAGUAAUCAAUGGAAACUCAUAAUUCCAAUUUAGGAAGGUCUCUUUUUGCACCCUUUAGCCUUGCAGCUGGAGCUGCUGUUCUUUUCCUCUUCUUCCUUCACAACCGAAUCCGUCAAUCCAAAUCAACUAGGCGUUUACCUCCCGGACCACGAGGUUGGCCAAUAAUUGGCAACAUCCUCCAAAUCGGUCCAUCACCACACAAAAACAUAAUUCUCCUACAGCGCAAGUAUGGUCCUUUAAUCUGGCUAAAGUUAGGGUCAGUAAACACUCUUGUUAUAGCUUCUGCUCAGGCCGCCAAGGAGAUGUUUAAAAACCAUGAUCAACAUUUUUGCGACCGCCACCGAAACGAGACGAUGAUAAGAGACGAUGGGUCACACAAUGGCACCAUCGGACUUAGCGACUACGGCCCUCAGUGGAAGAUGAUGAGACGACUGUAUGCAACUGAACUUUUCACCAAAAAGCGCUUAAAUGAUACCACACAUCUACGUCGAAAAUGUUUGGAUCAGUUGAUAAAGUGGGUAUCUGAUGAAGCAAAACAUAACCCUGGGAAGAGCAUCGAAGUCGCAAAAUAUGUCUAUGCUGCUAUUUUCAACAUGGUUGGUGAUCUCGUCGUUUCCAAAGACGAUCUCGCGCAUCCAGAAUUUAUUGUUACAAAUGUUUUUUUUAACACAACUGCUGAUAUCAUUGAAGUUAUGGCAUUACCUAAUGUUUCAGAUUUUUUCCCUAUUGUACGUCCGUUCGACCUGCAAGGUUUAAAAAGGAAGACCGAAUAUAAAGAAAAAAUUGCAAGGAAAAUUAUCCGGACCUUUAUAGAGGAGCGUCGCCAAAGGGGAGUGAAUCCACAACACUUUCAGGAAAAAGAUUUACUUGAGGUGUUGCUGGAUUUUGAAGGCAACGGGAAAGAUGAACCUUCAAAAAUAUCUGAGUUAUAUCUCGAAACAUUUCUGCUGGAGUUAUUUAUAGCGGCACCGGACGCAACAAACAUAACAACGGAGUGGGCAAUGUCAGAGCUUCUUCGUAAACCAGAAACUAUGAAUAAGCUACAAGCUGAGAUUGCACAAGUUGUAGGCCAUGAAAGAAGGAUGGAGGAAACUGACAUGGAAAAUUUGCCAUAUCUCCAUGCGGUAAUCCAGGAGACACUAAGGUUACACGCACCGGCUGCCUUACUAAUACCACGUAGCGUAAUAAACGAUAUUGAGGUAAUGGGGUAUUUGAUACCGAAGGGAACUCAAGUAUGGGUCAAUACUUGGGGAAUUGGAAGGGAUCCUACUACUUGGGAGGAUCCUUUAUCCUUCACGCCGGAGCGAUUCCUGAACUCUAACAUUGAGUAUCGAGGACAAAAUUUUGAGUAUAUACCAUUUGGAGCUGGUCGGCGAAUUUGUCCGGGGCUCCCUUUAGGUCAUAUAAUGCUUCACCUUGUGUUGGGGUCACUUGUUCAAUCUUUCGAUUGGUCACUUGAGAAAGGUAUUACUCGAGAGACUCUAGACAUGGAUGAAAAGAUUAGGCUUACCGUGAGGAGAGCUAACCCUUUGAAAGUUAUACCCAUGCAAUACUAGUCGAUAUCAUUUAUAUAUGAACACUAGAUGAUCAAAACUGCAUGCACUACCGUAACUAAUUUGUUGUUGUCUAACAUGAUGCUCUUUGUUCAUCAUGUUUUCGGUCAUUCUUGUAUUUGUACUCUUCGUAUUAAUAUGUAUGCUACUAUACAAUAAGUCAUUUCUUUAGAAAAGACGUACCUAAUACUUUUGUGGUAAUUAUAUUAAGUUUUUAUCUUUCUUUUU